AUGCCUGGUCCUGCUGUAGCUGUACCACAGUCAAAGGCUCAGAUUGAGGCUGAAUUGGGCGUCGAUAAAGGCGAAGUUGCUGGAGAUGUCAUCGAUUUUUUGGCUGAUGGAGAUGAGCAACUCCUGGAUCCUGACCCUGAUCCCGAAGUAACAUUGUCUAUUCGACAGCGAAGAUUCCGUGAGAUGGUCUCGAUGUGGUACGAUGGUUUGCUUGUGUGGGUCAACCCGAAGGGAGCCCGCUAUGUACACCUAGCUAUAGAAGGCAAUGUGGAACUCGCACACCGACUGGUCCUGGGCCUUGUCGACCGGCAACAAGCCAUCGAAUUCAUAUGCAACGCCGUUUUGCCACAGUACCAAUACAUCCUUGCCGAUCCCAACUUUGUGCCAAUGGAUCUCCUCAAGCUGCCAUUGAUAUCGAAGCAAGAUCAAGCCUAG